AUGGCAAUGAAACAGGAGAAGAAAAGCAAAGCACCUUUUCAAUCAUUCUUUGAUUUGCAAAGAGUUGCUGUUACGAGAGGCCCACCGUCUGUUCGUCUUCGAAAUGCCGCAAAAGAGGGUAAUAUAGCGGCAGUUAGACGACUCGUGAAAAAGGUUAGCAAUAUCCAAAAUCCGGACCCAGAAACAGGAUGCACAACCUUAAUGUAUGCAACACAAUUUGGCCAUGUAGAGCUUGUUGAGUUAUUGUUAGACCUUGGCCAUGAAGACGAAGUGAUAUCAGUGGAUAACGAGGGCAUUACUGUUCUGAUGAUUGCAGCAAUGUACAAUCGUGAAGAGAUCUUUUUCUUAUAUGUCAGUAGAUACCCAGAAUGCAUUCACGCCAUAAGUAAGACCGGUUGGACUGUUCUAUUAUAUGCGGCUCAGAAUGGCAAUGCAAACCUUGUCAGCUAUUUAUUGUCUAUUUCAGCAGAUUUUGAUCAUAUCGAUAAUGAGGGCAAUUCCGCAUUGCAUUAUGCAGCAGCUUGGGGUCAUAUUACUGUCAUGGAACUACUAGUCUCUGAAGGAUGUAAUGUUGAUCUGGAAAAUAAUGAGCAUGCAACAGCGUUUGAUUACGCAUAUAGUAAAGCUGUACAGGAGCAUUUGAAAGAAAUAUCGCAAAUACCCUAUAAUGACGAGUCAACAUUAUCUAUUUCUUCGUCACAAAAGCAACAGAGUUUAGUGAAUGUACCAUACGCAUCAUCUUCUUCUUUCAAUACCAACAACACACCAAUCAACAUUUCACGAGGGCAAUCUCAUGCGGGACAUGAACUUAGCCUUAUACCCCGCGCAUCCACUUCAUCAUCAUCGCUCAUUAUACCCUCAUCCUCAGCAAUAGCAACGCCCAGUGCAACUACUAUCUCGAACUAUCAUCAGCAAAAACAAUACAGUGGCAGCCCAUCCUCAAUUUCAGAAUUGGAACGAAGAAGGGCCAGCAGUGUAGGUGAAAAACCGAAGAACACUAGGCCCUUCCAAACAGUUGAAUGA